AUUUUCAGUUCAAAUUAGUGCUACAAUGAAUUUAAGAGGAAAUUCAAGUGUGCGACAUAGUUCUCUGAUACGAAAAAAGCCAAGCACAGGAUAUAGUGAGGAAUCGUUUUCCAUCAUCUCAACACCCAUAAGCAUAUCUGCUGAAAAUGGCACACAGACACAAAAGAAGACAAUGCGACAAACUAACAGCUCACCGCUUGAAUGUCCAAAGAUCACGAAACAACUGACACCUCGCCCUAAAGUCAAACGGAAAAAAGUUAAAUAUAUGGAUUGGAAAAGGUAUCACAAAUUAAGCGUCAUUUAUGCAUUCAUCGAAGACUUGGAAAGAGAAUAUCCAGCAAUAUGCACGGUGUAUGUUAUUGGAAAAUCAACUGAAGGAAGAGAUAUUAAGAUGUUGAAGAUAUCGAACAGUGACGCAAACAACUCGGCCGUCUGGCUGGACGGCUCGAUACACCCCCGCGAAUGGAUAACCGCUGCUGUCGCCACCUUCAUGGCAGAACACAUUGUUAAGUCGUUUUAUAAUCUCUCCACAUCUAUGACUAAUAAGGACUGGCACAUUGUCCCGGUAUUAAAUCCAGACGGCUAUGAAUACUCACACACAAAAGAUCGCAUGUGGAGAAAAAACAGAGCGUGUUAUGAUGGAAAUUGUGUAGGAGUUGAUCUAAAUAGGAAUUUUAGUUACGGUUGGGGUCAUAAUGGAGAAGAAGGAUCAUCUGAAUCACCAGAAAGUGUAUUCUACAGAGGGCCAGAGCCGUUCUCAGAACCAGAAACUGCCGCUGUCAGAGAUUACAUCCUAGGAUCACCAAGCCAAUUUAAAGUAUUCCUGUCAUUUCAUAGCUAUUUCGAGAUGAUAAUAUUCCCAUGGGGUUUCAAAAAGGAUCCUAGUCCAGACUACUUAAAUCAAAUGGAAGCGGGGAUGCGGAUGGCGAAAGCGAUCUACGACUACAGUGGGAUGAUAUACAAAGUCGGUUGCACAAAGGACUUGACGUACUAUGCUUGUGGGACGUCGAUAGAUUGGAGCUACGCCAACGCGAAUAUCCCUUACUCCUACAUGAUAGAACUCAGAAGCAAGAAGUACAGAUUCAAACUGCCGAAAGACCAAAUAUUUGAAACGUGCAUGGAGAGUUGGUAUGCAGUCAAAAGUCUAAUGGAAUACGUCGAUAAUCCUAUUUAUCCACUGCAUAAGCCUACGACAAAAAGGAAAAGCACCAAGUUUGAAAUUACUGAACUAAAACCAGUAUAUUUACCAGUCCUUGUUGGUGAUGUGUUUGGAGCACUUCGUGAAAUGUCUGACGACGUGGUUGGCGAUAUACAAGGUAAAUACGACAACGUAAAAAAGGACGAAAGCACAAUUUCACUGUUCAGAAGGAACAAAAAGAAAAACACUCCCCAAGCUUGUAAUGCCUUGACCAACCCCCAUUCAUCAUUCCGAAACUAUAACCUAUAUUUCGACACCCAACCUAAGGUAUAUAACUCUAUUAUUGAUCAAUAUGAUUGCCCACUCAACUGUUCGCCACAUUCUUACUGCAAGUGUGAAGAAGGAGAGAAGAAGAACUUGGUAGAAAAGAAGCCUAAAGUACAAUCUCGAUAUAUGGACUUUUACUACAAAAAUCUACAGGAAAAACAACAAUCGGCACCUUGCGAGUGUUGCUCGCAUUUUUUUAAUUCAAAUAUGAUGACACAAAACUGGUCAAUGUGCGAAUCAACUCCAAUACCAUUAUCCUUCUAUGAAAAUCAAAGUCCUAUUCAUCAGACGACUGUGAAGCGCAAGCGAAACGAUACGAAGUCACGGUAUAUGGAUUUCCUUAAGACGAAAAACGAUCCGAUGGAAGACGUAAGAACCAAAAUCCAGUCACCACCAUACUCAUAUUUUGAAAGCUUCAAUACUAUUCCUAUAUACAAAAGUAAAAAGGACGAGUGUAAUUACAGUAAAGAAAUCAAUAAUUGUUACGUCAUCAACCCACGUUCACCAACUCAGUACUACGAUGAUCCAGACAGGCGAUCAAGAUUAUUCAACGACAUUAUGGAUCAAGACUAUCCGAUGAAACAGUUGCUAACACAUAUUGAAGAAGACGAAGACUUCCAAGAACACCCUUCCAUUGAACCUCGUAACAUGGAAUUUAACCAUCAAAUUCAACAUGAGAAGAAAGAAUUUGCUAAAAGUGUUUCCCCGUCACAUUCUUGUGGUGAAGGAGAGUUUAAAAAACCUUCCGUGAAACCUCGUUACACGGAUUUUAACCAUCAAUGUCAAGAUGAAGAGAACGAAUUAAAUAUGUGUGUUUCGCCAGCAAAUUCUUGUGUCGAUAUAGAUUUGGAUGGAAACCCAAGGAAGAACACACGUACAAAAUCACGUUACAUGGAUUUUUACAACAAAAAUCGAAAUCUAAGAAAAGAAUCGGCUGCUGGCGAAGAUAGUUUGGAUGCACCUAAUUCGUAUCCAACACUCUACAAUAGCCCACAUGAAGCUACCGAAACAGUUUUAAGUGAUCAGUAUCCUGCUAGCGAGUCGAAUGACACGCAUAAAACACUUGUAAUCAAAUCACGGUAUAUGGAUUGGGGAAAAGACCGACCGUCUAAUGUAUUGCAAAAAGCAUCUCAACUAGACUGGAAUGAUUAUCAUCGAUUGGAAACCAUACACAAUUUUUUGGAUGACAUGCAGAACAACCAUCCUUCUAUUUGCACUACCGGUGUCAUCGGAUCGUCAAUAGAAAAACGGGAUCUUAAGGUUCUGAAAGUGUCAAACAGUAACGUUGGGAACGCCCACGUGUGGAUCGACGCCGGCAUACAUGCGCGAGAGUGGAUCGCGCCCGCCGUCAACACAUACAUUAUCAACUACAUCGUCAAAAACUUCGAUGAACUGCCUGACUGCAUAACCAAUAAGGAUUGGCAACCUUUGACUUGUCUUAGGUACUUCCUCCCGGUAGUGAAUCCAGACGGCUACGAAUUUUCUCACACUAACUCUCGCAUGUGGCGCAAAAACAAAGCAUGGCACGGCAGGGAAUGCUUGGGCGUUGAUCUUAACAGGAAUUUUAGCUUCGGUUGGGGCUGUAAAGGCUCAUCAAACGACCCAAAGAGUCCGUUUUACCACGGUCCUCACCCGUUUUCUGAACCGGAAUCUAGAGCUUUAAGAGAUAUGUUACAAUCGUCCGGGAUUAAAUUCAAAGUAUACAUAACAUUGCACAGCUUCGGAGAAGUUAUUUUAUUUCCAUUUGCUUAUCGAGAUGAGCUCUGCCCGGACUACGUCCGUCUAUUAGAAGGAGCCACUGUUAUGUCUAAGGCGAUUUAUACGGCAAGUGGAAACAUAUACAAAGUAGGCAUUUCUCGAGAUGUGAUGUACGGUGCUGCCGGCACCAGCUGCGAUUGGAGCUACGGGGAGGCAAAGAUCCCCUUCUGCUACCUUCUAGAGCUUAGAAGCAAGAAACACAAGUUUAAAGUACCACAGAUAGAAAUAGAGGAGACAGGCAAAGAAAUUAUGAGUGGUAUUAUGGCGCUGAUGAAGUUUGUAGAUAAUUAUGACUUGGAUGGUAACUUUAUUGAAGACCCGACACUGUGAAUACGAAUGAUAAAGUCAGUAAAGCAAUUUUAAUCAGUA